AUGCCUCUCAGAUCCUCAGCAACAUCCAAUACGCCGUUACGCGAUCCCUGGUCCCGCAAUACCAACGUCACCGACCCUCAUAUAUAUUCCGUGCAAGACAGCCAACCCACUCCCACUAACGCUGGCAAUGGCGAGAGGCAGUGGCUGGACUCCCUGCUCUACGAGUUGGAUGACGAGGGCGACAACUACUUCAGGGCAGACGAUGAGGACACUCCCACUGACGUUGGCAAUGGUGAGAGGCAGUGGCUGGACUCCCUGCUCUACAAGUUGGGUAACGAGGGCGACAACUACUUCAGGGCAGACGACGAGAACACUCCCACUGACGCUGGCAAUGGCGAGAGGCAGUGGCUGGACUCUCUGCUCUACGAGUUGGAUAACAAGAAAGAUGUAGUGUACGAGCCAAUCUAG